GUGGCGUUGGGGCUAGGUGGGGUGGGGUGUCUGCUCGCUCCCCCCAAAUCCCCAGCCCGCCGCUGCCCUGUCAACCUCGCCGGCACCGUGGUCGAUCGAUGGGGGACUCCGUCGAUGUCAUCCCCGAUUGGGUGGGCGACUUGGGCGAGUCCGUCGGCCCCGUCGACUACGGCUGCGUGCGCCGGUGCCGUCACCGCCGCCUCGCCACCUACCUCUGGCUGCACGGCUUCCGCGACGCCCUGCGAGGGCUGCUCAACGAGACGGACGCGUACAUGAGCGUCAUCCACCUGUCGCGGCUGGUGCAGCAGGGGCUGUGGGACGACGCCGUCGCCUACGUCUCCCGCUUCCUGCGCCCGACCUCGCACCCGCAGAGCAACGAGGCCCAGGUGCUCCUCCACUUCCUCAUGCAACACGCGGCCUUCGCCAGCAUGGUCGCCGGCAAGCCCGACCGCAACCUCAGCUACUUCAACCACAAGUACAACACACGGUACCUCAAGCACGACGACUCCGUCUCCUUCGACUGCCUCAGGAUCCGCUCCAUCGUCCUCUCCAUUCUCCAUUCGGAGCAAGUCAGAUCCUCGCUGGACUGGGAGCGCGUUCGUUGCAAGGCGUCUCAAAUCGUCCAACACUUGGCUUAUAAGGCUCCAGAGUUGAAAAACGUGGCCCUAUUGCCGGGCGGCCCGAUGAUGCCCCACGAUGUGCUUCCCAUCGGAUUCAGGUACCGUCGGAGGCGUCAUGUGAAGGAACAAGACCUGCCAGGACCUAAAACACUGGCCAAGAUCUACCUUAGGACCAAAAAGGGGCUGCCUUCGUCGACCCGCAGACAUGAAUUAAACAGUGGAUUGACGGACAAGACAAGGAAGUGGCUGAUAGAUCUUAUUGAUGAAAGUUUGCAAGCUGGUCUGGAACUUCAGUCAAGUGAAAAGGAGAAGGAAGGUGUUCCUGGUGCUACAGCCUCGCAUACCAUGUCGAAUACCUUGACAGAUCUUACUAAAAACUCUGUGUCUGGGACCUCAUCAUUGACAAAUGCAGGUAUGUUAGUCGACCGCCCUUGAUCAUUUCCCACCCAG